AUGACUCAUAUUACGGACGUGGUGGCGAGGAGUUUUUGGGGCAAUUCGGAUUGUGAUUAUUCUUUUUCUGAGUCGGAAGGCUUGUCGGGCGGUAUCCUUAUAUUGUGGAAAGCUAGUUCUUUAUCAGUGGUGUUAAGCUUUCGUGAGCCGGGUUAUCUUGGUGUCAAGGGGUUGGUUGAUUUGAAGGAUAAAUAUAAGGAUGGGGAUUGGUUAAUUGGAGGUGAUUUUAAUUCAAUCAAGAAGGGUAGUGAGAGAUUUGGUACUUCUACUUCGGUUAAUAAAUUGGAAUGGAAGGAGUUUUCUAAUUUCAUUGAAGAUUGUGGCUUGAUCGAUGUUCCGUGCAAAGGUAAAAAAUAUAGUUGGUUUAGUGGGGAUGGCAAAUCCAAGAGUAGGUUGGAUCGCUUUAUUCUUGAUGGAAACAUUGUUUCUUCUUGGGGAGUGGUGGGCCAAUUAAUUGAGCAAAGAGAUGUGUCGGAUCAUUGUCCGGUGUGGUUAAUUGUUGAUAAGGAGGAUUGGGGUCCGAAACCGUCCAAGUUUAAUAAUGAAUGGUUCCAUAAUAAAGAUUUUAUGCGCUUUGUUGAGGAAGAAUGGAAGGCGAUUAUAGUUAGCGGUAGAGGUGACUUUAUUUUAAAGGAGAAAUUCCGUAUUAUCAAGGGUAGGCUCAAGUGGUGUUUGGUAAAUAUGACUUGGAAGUGGAGGAAGGGGUUAGAGAGUUGA